GCAAGCCGAGUAGCAGGAUCACUUGGGACAGGUAGUUUUUGCUACCUCGGAGGAAAUGCACAGGGAAAACCGGACAGCAAAGUCGAUCUGCAUUCACCAUUUGCUUAAUUUCCGUGAUUCCCAUGUUUCAAUCACUAUUCCUCAAGAAAACAAUGGUUCUAGAAUCAAUCAAACGAUUCUCACUGAUCUGGUGACGAAGAAAGAUGUUCAAACACUUCAGGCACUUGGGGGUGUUGAUGGGGUGGCUUAUUGUCUGGAAACCAACCUGGAAGGUGGGAUUAAUGGCAGUGCUGAGGACAUUACACGCCGACAGGCUGCGUUUGGUUCCAACACGUAUGGUAAGAAACAGCCCGUUAAAAGCUUUUCCUACUUCGUGGAGAAGGCUUUCAAAGAUCACACUAUUAUGAUCUUACUUGGCUGUGCAGCCCUUUCCCUUGGCAUCUGCAUCAAAGAUCAAGGCAGCACCUUCAAAGAAAGCUGGUAUACUUGCGCGAGCAUUUCCCUGGCCGUCUUUGUGCUGGUUGCCUUCUCUGCCAUUGGAAACUGGUGGCAGGACAGACAAUUGGACAAAUUAUUUCGAGUGGGCAACAAUAUCCAAAUUGAUGUCAUUAGGGGCUGCCAACGACAGCAAAUCUCGAUUUUUGAUGUGGUUGUAGGAGACAUUGUUUAUCUGAAGAUGGGGGAUAAAGUUCCAGCAGAUGGAUUGUUCCUCGAUGGCCAUUCUCUGCCAGUAGAUAAAUCAAGCAUGGCUGAAGAUAGAAACCAUAACGAGGUGAAUUUGAGGCAAAACCCCUUCUUAGUUUCCAGUGCCAAGGUUAUCAACGGGUUUGCUCGAAUGCUCGUUACCUCUGUCGGAACGAACACCGCAUAUGGCCAAAUGAUAUAUCAGACGAAUUUAAUCAGCAGCCACAAGAAAGAGAAGACGCCACUUCAAACGCGGGUAAGAAAGCUAGCAAGGUCGAUACGAAAGAAUACCGACCUGGUUAUUGUGGUAUUGGUGGUAGUUAGUUACUUCACCAGCAAUACAGGCGAUGAAGAUGGAAUCAAAGAAUUCUAUGGCAGCAAAACAAAAGCCAAUGAUCCACUGAAUGCUAUUAAAGGCAUAGCUGCUGGUGCCGCUAUUAUCAUCGGCACUGCUUCUCUAGAAAGCCUGUUGAUUGGAGUUAAGCUGACUCUAACAUAUGCAAUGAGGAGAAUGUUGGUGGAUAAGUUAGUGGUCCGUAAGCCCUCCGCAUGUGAGGCAAUGUGCUCCAUCACCACUAUUUGCACCAACAAAACGGGCACUCUCACGCUUAACCAGAUGAAAGUGAAGAACUUUUGGCUCGGCCGAAAACCCUUGGAUGAGGUUGUUGCAUGUUCUUCUUCUUCAAUAUCUCCCCAUGUUGUUGACUUGAUCCUUCAAGGAGUUGCUCUGAACACAGUAGAAGGUGCUUGCAAAGGUUCUAGUAGAUUAGUGGGAUUUGAAUUCUUUGGUAGUUCAACGGAUAAGGCACUUCUUUCUUGGGCUGCCUUGGAACUGAAGAUGGAUAUGAAGAAAUUGAAGCAGAAUUAUUCAAUCCUUCUUGUUGAAACGUUCAAUUCUCAUAAGAAACGGAGCGGAGUUCUGAUCAAGGAUAAAGAUGACAACACAGACGCACUUCAUGUUCACUGGAAAGGUGCAACAGAGAUGAUUCUAUCAAUGUGCUCCAGUUCCUAUGAUGCUUCAGGAAUUAUGAAAGAUUUGAAUGGAGAAGAAAGAAUGAAAUUUGAGCAAAUGAUUGACGAAAUGGCAGCUAGCGGUCUUCGUUGCGUAGCUUUUGCCCACAAACGAGUUUCACUAGAAGAGGGAGAAGAUCUAAGAGAGAAGAGAAAGCUAGAGGAAGAAAACUUGACCUUGUUAGGACUUGCGGUCAUUGAGGACCCAUGCCGACCAGAGGUGAAGGAAGCCAUGGAACAUUGCCGCUGUGCCGGUAUGAAGAUCAAGAUGAUCACAGGUGACAAUGUCUCCACUGCAAGAGCCAUAGCCAUUAAAUGUGGGAUUCUCAGAUCUGGUGAUGAGGACAAUGAAGGAGUCGUCGUGGAAGGCGAGGUAUUUAGGAAUUAUACACUGAAGGAAAGGAUGGAGAAAGUUGACAAUAUCUGUGUUUUGGCACGAUCAUCUCCUUUGGAUAGACUUCUUAUGGUGCAGUGCCUGAAAUUGAAAGGACAAGUGGUUGCAGUCAGCAGCAAAAAUGAUUCAUUGGCGCUUAAAGAAGCUCACGUUGGACUCUCUCUGGGGAUUCAGGGAACGGAAGUCUCCAAGGAAAGCUCCGACAUCAUCAUCUUGGAUGAUAAUUUUGCAACCAUUGCUGUGGCUUUGAAGUGGGGAAGAUGCAUUUGUUGGGUGAACUUGAUCAUAGGGGUGUUGGGUGCUCUGGCUCUGGCUACAGAGCACCCCACCAGUGAGUUGAUGGAGAAGCCAUCUGUUGGCCCAAUGGAGCGGCUUAUUACGAACAUAAUGUGGAGGAAUCUCCUAGCUCAAGCUCUUUAUCAAAUUGGAGCCCUCCUAAUGCUGCAAUGUAGAGGAGAACCAACCUUCGGUGUAACAGAGGCUAUGGAUAACAUCUUGAUCUUCCAUACUUUCGUUCUUUGCCAAGUUUUCAACGUUUUCAAUGCUAGGAAGCUUGAGAAGAAGAAUGUUUUCAAGGAUGUUUAUAAGAACUGGAAGUUUCUUGGGAUUGUUGGGAUUAUGAUUCUUCUCCAAGUGGUCAUGGUAGAGUUUCUGAGGCAGUUUGCCAAUACGGAAAAGUUGAAUCGGGAAGAGUUUGGCCCUACAGAAAAGUUGAAUUGGGUCAACUGGAGGACUUGUGUGGCCAUUGCUGCCGUCUCUUGGCCCGUUAGCACGAUUGUCAAGUGCAUACCGGUGCCACAACUCCGAUAAUAAUAAGCAAAUCUCAAGUGU